AAAAUAGGCAUUUGAGGUUCCAAUCCUCGCAUAAUGCUUUUGCUACAAGAAAAACGGCCCCUAAAGCGGGCACUGGGGCCACCAGAUGUAUACCCACAAGAUGCCCGACAACGCGAAGAUGAAUUGACACCAUCCAAUGUUAAACAUGGAUUCGCAACUAUGCCACCACUUUCGGAUGAAUUUGGCACAGCCCAUACGUCGAAUGUCAAUGCCAGUAAGGUGGCCUCCUUUUUCAAUGCCAUCUUGGCUAAAAAGGAGGAGUUGAUGACCCUGCAAGAUACGGUGCGUAAGAAGCAGCAAGUCAAUAUCAAGGAGAAUUUUUGGCCGGUGUCACCGCGCACAAAAACUGCAUUGGAUGCAUGGUUUAAGGAUUUGGCUGGCAACAAACCAUUGCUGAGUUUGGCCAAGAAGGCACCAUCGUUUAAUAAGAAGGAGGAGAUACUAAUUACACUGUGCGAUCAUCAGGUGAAUAUGCAGAGAGCUACAUGGUACAUUAAACUGAGUGCCGCCUAUACGGCAAGUGUCUCUGAAUCGAAAAAUAAAAAGAGGAACUUAGUUGAUCCCGUUGCAGAAUGGACGGGUAUAAUGAUCAAGUUUAUGAAAGAUUUACUACCCAAACUACAGGAGUACUAUCACUUGAGUGAGAAGUCAUUAAUGAGUGGCUAUGGUGCUCCCACUACCCAUGCCAAUAGUAAUGGACAACAAACGGCAAAUUCAAAUGUCCACACACCCAACUCAAUGACUGCGGCUGUACAUUCAAUGGCAAGUCCUGUGCCUAUGCUAAGUCCAGCCAAUAACCAAUCGUCCACUGGAACAUCGAUGGGACCAAUGAGUAAUAACAGUUCUUCCAUGGUUGGCUGUUCAAGCAAUUCUAGCGUCAUGUCCGGUAGCAAUAAUAUGCCAGCUUCAGGUUCCACCAUAUCGGGCAGUGGUAGCAAUUUUGAAGAUAGCCGUAAUGCCUUGAAAUAUUGGAAUUAUUGUGCCCAGCUGGCCAAAUAUAUGCACGAGGAACAGCUGUUGGAUAGACAAGAUUUCCUAAAUUGGAUAUUAGAACUUUUGGAUAAGAUGCGUACUCAGUCUAGUUUUGAUGAAUCCCUCAAGAAACUCAUUUUAACAUUUGCCCUGCAGUACAUGCACGACUUUGUCCAAUCCGAGAGAUUGUGUCGUAAAAUGGCCUAUAUUGUUGCCAAAAAGCUAACGAAUUUGUUAAAUGGUGUUAUAGAUCAGCAGCAGCAAAAUCACCAACAGCCGAAACCUUUACUCGCAUUGCAAGGUGUAACUCCAAUGGAGGUGGAUGACAUUGAUGAGGGUGAUAACAAGAAUAAGAAGACACCAUUAGACCCAUAUGAAGUGGCCUUAAAUGAAUAUCUGACAUGCCCACAUCAUCGUGACAUAGUUUUGUGUUUGAGUAGCAUUUUACAAAUCGUCACAAUCGAGUGUCCAGCGGCAAUGGUCUGGUGUGGCAUAGGAGAAAAUCGUGCACCUGCCUCUUUGUGUGGUAGCCCCCUGGAUCAUUUGCCGUUGGCACCAUCUUCCCUGCCAAUGCCAUCGAAAUGCCCCUUGACCAACAAUGAAGUACGUCGACAAUUACGUGCAAUAGAAUCGGAAAUAAUUUUACGUUCCAAACAUGCCGAGAAUCGUUGGUUUGCUGAAAAAUGGCAAAAUGCUAAUAAGAAUUCUUAUACCCAUGUUCUGACGAUUCUCGAUUAUUUGGAUACGCACUGUUUUGAUUUGAUGGAUCAAAAUAAUUCCAUCGACACACUGUAUGCAAAUAUAUUUCAACCAUUUGUAAGUGUGCGACGUGAGGUGGGCGCAAAUGGUGAAAUGAAAGAGAUACGCCAAGAGUAUGAUGCCCAAACCGUGGAUGGGAAUACUGUGAAGAUUUUAUGUGAAUGGGCGGUAUCGAGUCAGAGAUGGGGUGAACAUCGCGCCAUUGUAGUGGCCAUUUUAUUGGACAAACGUCAAAUUGAAGUUACAACACCCUCGCCGGAAGAUGUUAACAAUGGCCAGGGUAAUGGCACCAAUCCCAACGAUGACAAAGACUCGAUUGCUUCUGGCGCCGGUUUAAUUGGCGGCUUGCCGGUAUUUCAAUCAGUUCUGAUGAAUUUCCUAGAUCACGAUGCCCCGGUACUCGAUGAAAAUGGCAGCACCGCAAAUCGUACUCAAUUCACAAAUUUGGUACAUUUGUUUAGUGCCCUUAUACGUCACGACGUGUUUUCCCACAAUGCCUAUAUGUACACCCUAAUAUCUCGCGGUGAUCUUUUGGAAGGUGCAAAUGGCAUGGGUAGCAAUAAUCUCAGUAACAAGGUGACGAAUAGUGUUUCUGGCCCGGUUUCCAAUAAACCUGCAACUCCACCGCCUGCUAACCAGGGCUUCGAUGAUGAUUUUACAAGUGGUUUGGAUUUCAAACACAAUGAAUAUGAUGAUUCCAAUGUCGAUGAUGAUUUGGAAAAAAUAUUGCAAAACAUUAAAGAAAAGGGUCAGGUGCAGGCUCCAGACAGCCCCAAAAUUCCCGAGCACAAUAGCAGCAACAGUGGUGGUAAUUCAAUUUCGCGCCAUUACAUCUAUACUAAACAUUUUCCCAUACCUCAAGACGACCCCUCAAUGUCCUACAGUAGUGAGUCGAAUCAGAGGUAUAUUCUACUGUUUGGCGUGGGCAAGGAACGCGACGAGAAGAAACAUGCGGUCAAGAAAAUGUCCAAGGAAAUUUGUAAAUUAUUUACUAAAAAAUUUAGUAUUGAUGUAGCCGAGGGCGGAAAGGUAAAGAAACAUUCGCGCAAUGAAUUUAAUUUUGAAGCAACAACCAGCAAAUGCCAGAAUAUGGCCUACUUUGAUCAACAUGUGGUGACAUCGCAGUGUGCUGCCACCGUUUUGGAACAAUUGAAUGGCUUUGCUGUGGGAAGCAACAACUACUUACCGGUACAGGAGCAUGUUGCCUUCCUAUUCGAUUUGAUGGAAAUGGCUUUGAACAUUCACAGUCUUUUGGAGCUUUGCGAUCAGAUUCUAAAGGAGCUACCCGAAGUGGAAAAUCAAUUGCAGGCAAAAAAAUCAAAUAUGAUACGCAGCUAUACAACCUCAUUGGGUUUGUAUAUUGUUGGCAUAUUGAGACGUUAUCACAGCUGUUUGCUGUUGUCACCCGAACAAACAAUCUCGGUGUUCGAGGGCUUGUGUCGCAUCAUAAAACAUGUAACUAAUCCCGCUGAAUGUAGUUCGGCUGAACGUUGUAUUUUGGCAUAUUUAAAUGAUCUCUACGAAGCCUGUCACCUGUUGCGUUCCAAAGAUCAGGAAGCUGAAUUUUUCUUACAAAUUUCCAAUAUUAAGAAAUUUAAAGAUAUCAUCAAUCAACCGGAACAAUUGGGUAUGGUGCCACAAACGUAUAAUGCCCAAUUUAUGCAAGAAUUCUUCACAUCACCCAAGAGAGGAGGUAAAAUUGAUCCGGUGUGGUUGAGGCAGCUGCACGAAUCUCCAGCAAACAUCUAUAGCUUUGUAUCAAAUGCCAUUUUUGCCAUUUGCCAUGAAACCGAUAAUGAUCGUCUGAAUGAUAUAGCAAUUGCUUGUGCUGAAUUGACGGCUGGCUGUAAUGCUUUGUCCGAGGAAUGGAUAGCUGCCCUGCAAAGCAUUUGUAAUGCCAUGAAGAAAACGCGUUAUCCUCAUCUAUGUCAAAUCGAUAUACAAAAUAGUAAAAUACACAACUCGUUAGCCGUGUUCAUUUGCAUUUUGGUGGCGCGACAUUGUUUUUCAUUGGCGGAUUUUGUAUUAAAUUUUGCACUGCCAACAUUGGCCAAUGCUUAUCCAGAUGGCUGUGGAGAAAUAACAGCCGAAGCGGAAUCGGGAGCUCGUCUUACAUGUCAUUUAGUUUUGAAACUUUUUAAAACAAUUGAAAUUCCCCAACCGGGCAUGUAUUCGGUUAGCACUUCGCCCAAUCCAUUGAAUGCCGUUAGCAGUUCAUCCAACAUUAAAUUAAGUUGUGAUCGUCAUCUUCUCAUAGCGGCCCAUAAAAAUAUACCCCUUGAAGCGGUAUUAGCUGUACUGAAAGCAAUUCUAAUCGUUGUCGAUACUACUGCCCUUAAAACUCCCGCUAUGGCUGGUAACAGUUCAACGGCGGGUGCCUUUGGCAGUGGAGGUGGCGCUGGUGGUGGUGGAGGUGGUGGCGGUUCGAGCGGAAAACGUGGUAGUGGCUUUAAUACGCCCGUCCAUCCGGGAAGCACACCCAAAAGUAAUGAUCGGCCGGUGGAUAUAAGUCAAAUAUUGGGUACAAGUGAUUUAAAUAAUCUAACUGGCGAUCACGAUCAUGAUAUGUCACAACCGCUUUCAACGACCCCCCUAAAUGCCAACCAGGGUCCUGGCGGGGAACAAAUAUCGCUAUUGGAAUUCGCCCAACAUGUGCUCAAACAAAUCUGUGCCCAAGAACACGUUUUGGAGCGCUGCCUCAAGAAUGCCGAUAAACUUUGUGAUAUGGUUGUCGACGAUAUGCUCUUACCCAAACAAUCACAAUCAAUACUGCACAUGAUUUGUUAUUCAGAGGCUGAAUAUAAUAUCAUUUCCGAACUGGAUCAACGUUCAAUGAUUGUACGAAUUUUGGAGAAUCUGGGUCAAUGGACAUUGCGCAUAUCCUGGCUGGAUUUACAACUGAUGCAUAAGCAGAGUAUGAAUAAUGCCUCGGAAUGGUUGGAUACGGUAGCCCGGGCCGCCAUUGAUGUAUUCCUGAUGGAAGAAGUGGCAACCGGUACCGGUGGCAAAACAGAAUAUCGACCAAAGCCGUCAACAUGGCUUGUGGCUCCAUUGGUAUCGAAACUAACGCCUGCUGUGCAGGGUCGUAUAUUACGUGUGGCAGGCCAAGUAUUGGAAAGCAUGAACUAUUUUUCGAAAACAUCCAAGGCGGAUAACAACAGCUCCUGCAGCGGUGAUGAAAGGGAGAAAAGCAAUAGCUGCGGCAGUGCCAGUAGUAGUUACAGCAAUGGCUCCAACGGCAGUUCACGCAACAAGAAAAUGCCACUUAACUAUCAACCAUUUUUGGGUUUAAUUUUAACCUGUCUCAAGGGUCAGGAUGAGUAUAAGGAGAGUCUGUUGGUUUCAUUGCACUCUCAGUUAUCGCAGUGUUUGCAAUCGUAUGCAGAGUUUGACACAAUGGGCGGGGUGGAUGAUCCGCAGGGUCGUGAAGAAAUGCUUGAUGCCUUGCAAUUACGUUUUUCCUUGGUCGGCGGUAUGUUUGAUUCCAUACAAAAGAAUAGUACUUCCAUAACCGAUUGGGCAAUAUUGUUGGUGCAGCUCGUAUGCCAGGGAGUCAUUGAUCUGAGUAACAACAGAGAACUUUUCACCACGGUGGUGGAUAUGUUAACCACCUUAGUACAUUCCACAUUGGUCUCCGAUGGACAAUCUGAACGCGACGAACGUUUAUACUCGAAUCUAAUGAAGAAAUUAAAAAAAGAAAUUGGCGAAAAGAAUAAUGCAUCGAUUAAAGUAAUUCGGCAACUAUUGCCCUUGUAUAAACAACCAAUAGAGGUUAUAUUAUGUGAACCAGCAGCCUUAGAUCAAAAGGGCAAUAAAAUCAAUGACAUGGAUAAAAGACUUAUGCGUACAUCGGAAAAACAGCGCAUAUCUGUUUGGGAUAUCCUGGAGGGUCAUAAGAAUCCGGCACCAUUAUCGUGGGUUUGGUUCGGUGCCGUUAAAUUGGAACGUAAACCGCUGACCUAUGAAGAAGCACAUCGAAAUCUCAAAUACCAUACACACAGUUUGGUGAAACCAAGUUCGUAUUAUUAUGAACCACUGCCGUUGCCUCCCGAAGAGGUCGAACCAGUUCCUGUGGUACCUGUGACACCAACUCCACCUUUCUUACAGAAGGAUGAAAUGAAAGCUGACACACCAUCAUCGGUGGAUCAAUCGCCCAGUGCUGUAGUUACGGGUCGUGGUCGUGGUAAGGGUACCACACGUAAACGUAAACCUAAACAACCGAAAAAUGCACCAGCUGCCAGUGCUCAACAAACACCACAAAUAACGGGACCACAAGUAGUUGGACAGGGGGCACAACAAGUGCCAGGACAACAGCAACAAAAUAUACCACAACAACAGCAACAGGCCAUACCUCAGCAACAACAGCAGCAGCAGCAACAACAACAGGUGCCGCAACAACAGGUUCCACAGCAAGCCCAACAGACAAUGAAUCCCCAACAGCAAAUGGGACAAAUGCAAAUGAAUAUGCAGAUGAGUGGAAAUGUAAAUAUGCAACAAUUCAACCCCAAUCAAAUGAUGCAACAGAAUCCAAAUGCCAUGAUGCAACAACAACAAAUGCAAGGUGUACCGGGUAAUAUGGGACAACAAAUGAAUGUCGGUAACCCACAACAAAAUCAACAAAUGAACUUUAUGGGACCCGGCGGACCACAAGCAAUGCAACAGGCCGGUAUGAAUCCUCAAGCACAGCAAUGGCAGGGACCAAAUCAAUUCCAUCCCAUGCAACAGCAGCAACCCCAACAGCAAUAUCAAUAUCCACAGCAACAACAGCAAAUGAAUCGUUUUGAACGUCCACAAAUCAACAAUCCCAAGCAUGCCCUACAAAAUAUGUUGCGCCAACGCCAGCCCACAUUUAAUCAAAACAAUCCCAAUUUCAAUGCAAUGCAACAACAACAGCAGCAACAACGUCAAGGCAUGCCAACGCAACAGCAACCGGGUGGCUUAAAUCCAGUCCAGCAACAACAAAUGCAACAGCAACAAUUCGGUCGAGCCGGUAUGCGUGGCAUGGCACCGAAUCAAAUGGCUGGCGUAGCACCCAAUCAAAUUGCCCCCGGCAUGGGUAAUCAAGUUGCGAUGGGAGCACAAGGCAUGGGCGGUCAAAAUCCCAUGAUGCAACAGCAAAUGUCGGCACAAGGUAUGAAUCCACAAGCCAAUACACAAAUGGGCAUGAAUCAAAAUGCUGGUAUGAUGGGUGGUGCUGGCACUGGCAAUCCUAAUAUGAUGGCUGCACAGGCCAAUAGCGGCAUGGUCAAUACGGGCGGUAUGAUGCAACAAAAUGUGGGCGUUGGUGUAGGAGUCGGCGGCGUUGGCAACAGCAAUGUUGUCAAUCAAGGCAUGGUCAAUCAAGGUGGUCCAGGUCAAUUCCAAAAUUUCAAUCAAUACCAGCAACAGGGCAUGAACCAAACUCCUGGACCAAAUCAACAGGCCAACAUGAUGGGCGGUUUCAACCAAAUGAAUCAACGUGCAAAUCCCGGAGAUUUUAUGGCUCAACAGCAGCAACGUGGGCAGGGAGCCAUGCCUGGCCAGAGGGGACAGUACAUGAACCAAGCACCCAAUGUUACCAUGAACAAUAUGAUGGGUCAGGGUAAUGUGCCACCUUAUCAAAGGCAACAAUCGACUGGUGGCAAACCCGGUGUCACACAACAACAAUUCCAGCAACAACAAAGGAUGCAACAGAUGAUGCAAAUGCAGGGUAUGGGUCCUCAAAAUGCUGGUGCGGGUGGCAUGGGCCAACCACAAAAUCAAAAUGUUGCCCAACAACAAAAUCCCAAUCUUGUGGUAAAUAUGCAACAAUUCAACCCCAAUCAAAUGAUGCAACAGAAUCCAAAUGCCAUGAUGCAACAACAACAAAUGCAAGGUGUACCGGGUAAUAUGGGACAACAAAUGAAUGUCGGUAACCCACAACAAAAUCAACAAAUGAACUUUAUGGGACCCGGCGGACCACAAGCAAUGCAACAGGCCGGUAUGAAUCCUCAAGCACAGCAAUGGCAGGGACCAAAUCAAUUCCAUCCCAUGCAACAGCAGCAACCCCAACAGCAAUAUCAAUAUCCACAGCAACAACAGCAAAUGAAUCGUUUUGAACGUCCACAAAUCAACAAUCCCAAGCAUGCCCUACAAAAUAUGUUGCGCCAACGCCAGCCCACAUUUAAUCAAAACAAUCCCAAUUUCAAUGCAAUGCAACAACAACAGCAGCAACAACGUCAAGGCAUGCCAACGCAACAGCAACCGGGUGGCUUAAAUCCAGUCCAGCAACAACAAAUGCAACAGCAACAAUUCGGUCGAGCCGGUAUGCGUGGCAUGGCACCGAAUCAAAUGGCUGGCGUAGCACCCAAUCAAAUUGCCCCCGGCAUGGGUAAUCAAGUUGCGAUGGGAGCACAAGGCAUGGGCGGUCAAAAUCCCAUGAUGCAACAGCAAAUGUCGGCACAAGGUAUGAAUCCACAAGCCAAUACACAAAUGGGCAUGAAUCAAAAUGCUGGUAUGAUGGGUGGUGCUGGCACUGGCAAUCCUAAUAUGAUGGCUGCACAGGCCAAUAGCGGCAUGGUCAAUACGGGCGGUAUGAUGCAACAAAAUGUGGGCGUUGGUGUAGGAGUCGGCGGCGUUGGCAACAGCAAUGUUGUCAAUCAAGGCAUGGUCAAUCAAGGUGGUCCAGGUCAAUUCCAAAAUUUCAAUCAAUACCAGCAACAGGGCAUGAACCAAACUCCUGGACCAAAUCAACAGGCCAACAUGAUGGGCGGUUUCAACCAAAUGAAUCAACGUGCAAAUCCCGGAGAUUUUAUGGCUCAACAGCAGCAACGUGGGCAGGGAGCCAUGCCUGGCCAGAGGGGACAGUACAUGAACCAAGCACCCAAUGUUACCAUGAACAAUAUGAUGGGUCAGGGUAAUGUGCCACCUUAUCAAAGGCAACAAUCGACUGGUGGCAAACCCGGUGUCACACAACAACAAUUCCAGCAACAACAAAGGAUGCAACAGAUGAUGCAAAUGCAGGGUAUGGGUCCUCAAAAUGCUGGUGCGGGUGGCAUGGGCCAACCACAAAAUCAAAAUGUUGCCCAACAACAAAAUCCCAAUCUUGUGGCCCAGUUGCAGCGGCAAAUGCCCAAUCAGCCAAAUAUGAUGGGCGGACCACAAUAUCAGCAUCCGCCACCAUAUUAA